CCACAAGCGUCGCCUCUAAUUUCUUCUUAAUUAAAUAAUUUUUACAAACACGCGUCUUCUCUCCUCUUCAGUGCCAUGCUUAUCUGCUGAUUGCUAGUAAUUGCGGCUGCGCCGGCCUUGCUCUAGACCUUUGGUUAAAAUUCUAACCUAGGUUUAGAGGAGACCUCUCUCGCCAAUUUCAUUUAUUUUCCCCUUUUCCAUCUUCAAUUUUAAUUUUGAUCUCGGUAUAUGUCAGUUUGGCAUUUGGGCAGAGCAUUGCAUGUGGGUGGCGUGGCGUUGGAGGAGUUUCUGUACUUCUAUUUCAGGAGGAAAACGGCGCCUUUCAGCUUUUAAUACUAAUUACCGAUGGCGGCUAAGAAGGUCUGCCACUCCUUUUCCAAGACCCUCAUAGACGAGGUCCACAGAUGGGGUUGCAUGAAGCAGACUGGUGUUAGCUUGCGCUACAUGAUGGAGUUUGGCUCCAGGCCUACCGAUAGGAAUUUGUUGAUUUCUGCUCACUUCCUUCAUAAGGAGUUGCCCAUUAGGAUUGCUAGGAGAGCUAUUGAGCUCGAGUCUCUCCCUCAUGGCUUAUCUGAAAAACCCGCUGUCCUGAAGGUGCGGGAUUGGUACCUGGAUUCUUUCCGUGAUCUGAGAUCCUUUCCCGAGAUCAAGGAUUCCAAUGAAGAGAGGGAAUUUACGCAAAUGAUUAAGGCAAUUAAGGUCAGACACAACAAUGUUGUCCCUAUGAUGGCUUUAGGUGUUCAACAAUUGAAGAAAGGCAUGGAUCAAAAAAUUGUUUACGAAGAUCUUGAUGAGAUUCAUCAGUUUUUGGAUCGUUUUUACAUGUCCAGAAUUGGAAUCAGAAUGCUUAUUGGGCAGCAUGUCGAGUUGCACAAUCCCAAUCCCCCACCUUAUUGCAUUGGUUAUAUUCAUACAAAAAUGUCUCCUGUUGAGGUUGCACGAAAUGCCAGUGAGGAUGCCCGUGCCAUUUGUUUAAGGGAGUAUGGCAGUUCACCUGAUAUCAAUAUUUAUGGGGAUCCCAAUUUUACAUUCCCGUAUGUUCCAGCGCAUUUGCAUCAUAUGGUGUUUGAGUUGGUCAAGAAUUCCUUGCGAGCUGUUCAAGAGCGUUACAUGGACUCGGACAAAGUUGCACCUCCUGUUCGGAUAAUAGUUGCUGAAGGAAUUGAGGAUGUCACUAUAAAGGUUUCAGAUGAGGGGGGUGGUAUACCAAGAAGUGGUCUUCCCAAAAUAUUCACCUAUCUUUACAGCACUGCCAGAAACCCACUGGAUGAGGAUGCUAAUCUUGGAACAGCUGAUGCAGUAACAAUGGCUGGAUAUGGAUGUGGGCUUCCAAUUAGCCGUUUGUAUGCCAGGUAUUUUGGAGGUGAUCUGCAAGUUAUCUCCAUGGAGGGAUAUGGUACUGAUGCAUAUCUUCAUUUGUUACGGCUGGGAGAUUCACAAGAGCCCCUGCCUUGAGCGUUCAACUUAGAAGUUGAUCUGAAACUGAAAUUGUCUUAAGUGACUCUUGGAAACAUUGAAUGGUGUUAAAAACGACCGUCAAUUGCUUUUUUUUCUAUGAACUGGAUUGUUAAUUGUUCAGUCUAACAAAAUAGCAGUCGUUCAUGUACAUACUUGAGAUGCAAUAUUAUCCAUUUACCUCCCGUUAUUCA